AUGACUGAUGUUCAGAAUACUACAACGGAUUCAAAUGUUCAGAAUACUACAACAGAUUCAAAUGUUCAAAAUACUACAACAGAUUCAAAUGUUCAAAAUUCUACAACGGACUCAAAUGUUCAGAAUAGUACAACGGACUUAAAUGUUCAGGAUAGUACAACGGAUUCAAAUGUUCAAAAUACCACAAUGGACUCAAAUGUUCAGAAUAGUACAACGGAUUCAAAUGAGCCAACAAUAAAACUCUAUUGGUUAAGUGAAAGUCGUGCUGAUCGAAUAGUACUUUUACUUGAAGAAUUAGAAGUACCAUAUGUAAUUGAAAAAAUUGAACGUGGACCCGAUAGACUUGCACCACCUGAAUUAAAAAAGAUUCAUCCAUUAGGGAAAAGUCCUGUAAUCAAAGAUGGUGAUAAAGUUAUUGCUGAAUCUGGUUUUAUCAUUGAUUAUCUUAUUGAGAAAUAUGGUAAAGAUAAAAAUUUAAAACCAACAAAUAGCGAAGAUUUAUUUCAUUAUAAUUAUUUUUUACAUUACAUCGAAGGUAGUUUAAUGUCUAUCCUUGUUAUGAAAUAUGUCUUUCUUACUAUACAAAAACAAGCACCAUGGAUAGUCAAACCUAUUGUAAAUGGUAUUUGUAAUAAAAUGGAUGCUUUGUAUUUGAGACCAAAUAUGAAAACGCAUAUGGAUUUUCUUGAAAGUGAAUUAGGACAAAGAAAAUGGUUAGCAGGUGAACAAUUUUCUGGUGCUGAUAUUCAAGCCGGUUUUGCAUUGGAAAUGCUUAUGAAACUAUCAAAUGUUAAUGAAGAAGGAGCAACAAAUAUAUCUAGAUAUUUAAAAGAAAUGCAUGAACGACCAGCUUACAAGCGAGCAAUGGAAAAAAUUGGAAAAAAUAAUCAAUAG